AUGUGCUGUGUGAGAGCAGAGGGGGGUGGGAGUGGAUUCGAUUCACUCUCUGGGAGCUGUUGGGGUAGGAGGAGGUGGAGGGGGUCGCUGAAGAGCCGCCGCUAUUUAUUGUUUUCGAGUCCCGUCGAUCGGCGAUGUCCUCGCAAGUGGCGCCGCGAGUGCGGCCCAACGGCUCCCCGACCUCCAGCCGCCCUCAGCCGCUCCGAGCCACCGUCCCCUUUCAGCUGCGGGCGGCCGGCGGCGGCAGCAGCAGCAAUUCCCCCGUCGGCGCCAGGCUGGCCCCCGGCUCCUCCUCGGCACCGUCCCCGGCUCCGUCCGUCUCACCGCCAGGGAGCCGCAGCGCCUUCCACAGCGUCACCACCUCGACCAGCACCGGCCCCGGGCCGGGGGAGCCAGAGGCGGCCUGGAGGUCGGCCCCAUCCGGGGAGAGGAAAGGCAGUUACUCGACCUCCUGCUGCACAUCUCCCGUCAGCAAAGCAGUUGAGAAACCUAAGACUCAUCAGACAAAAUCUUGCAUACGACGCACCUCCUCCCUUGACACCAUCAUUGGACCUUACUUGAUAGGACAGUGGCCACGUGAUACUGACGUACAUGCUACAUGGGAGAAUGAGAAAGCCACACAGACUCCGAGCACCUGGCAUGAGAUAGGCCUGAAGAGGAAAAACUCUCAUAAGCGUUCUGCAUCAUGGGGCAGUGCAGAUCAGCUGAAAGAGAUUGCAAAGCUCAGACAGCAACUUCAACGCACUAAACUAAGCAAGAAGCAUGGUAAGGAUAAAGAGAGGCAGUCACCUCUGCAUGGCGAUCAUGCUGCUUUGGGUGUAGUACAGCAGGGAACUUCCAAGUUUGUACCAAUUCUGCCAGCAAAUCUUGCCAUCACAAAGUUAAUUCCACGACUUAGAAACAGUUUGGAGGCAAUAAAUCAAGAAAUUGAAGGAAUGUUUAUCAAAGAACCCGGGGAUAAAGAGUUACUGAAGAUAAUGGAGGCACCUGAUGGGCACAGGGCACCCUUCCCUUCACAACGACACAGCAGCAGUUCUCAAAGUGAACCUUCACCCAUCCCUCUUGAGCAGACGAGUGGCUAUAGUAGUCCUUCUCCAUAUCCCUCCCCAUCUCCUUCCCCUUCGUAUCCAAAUGGAAGCCAGGAAGAGGGGCCAUGUAUUAUAGAAGAUGUAUCGUUUUUUGUUCGAGACAAAGAUAGUGGCACAAGCUCCCCCCUUCUGAAGUAUGCUUCUUCUCCCAAACCUAACCACAGCUAUAUGUUCAAGCGAGAGCCUCCAGAAGGUUGCGAACGGGUGACUGCAUUUGAAGAAACACCGACAAUUUCCUUUGGGCAGGCUUUGCUAUACUCGUGUCCAGAUAAAAACAAGGUUAAUUUCAACCCUACUGGCUCUGCCUUCUGUCCAGUCCAUAUUCUCAAACCUCUUUUACCAACUGUUGACUUAAUAUUAAGGCACUUGCCAACAUCUGCUUCAUCAACCCCUUCAAGCACAGGGGGAUCAUCAAGCACUUUGACCUCUUGCCAGUCUACAACUCAGGUCUCAUUCCAGCAACCAUUGGAGGAUUCAGGGACCACAGACUUUACUGAGCUUUCUAAGGAACAACCUUUACAGUUUGAUCCUUGGAAACUUGCUCAGGCUGAAGAAGGUGCCUUUUUCCAGAGCUCGUUAGUAAUUUAGACUGGCAAAUUUGCAAAAGUUAAAUAGCUGACUGGAACUUUAUCCCUAACAAGUUUAUGGUGGUAGAUGCUAGUGAUAUUGGUUGUCUUGGCCAUAAAUGUAUUUGUAUCUUGACUGCGGGUUUAACUGUUUUGGAUGUAAACAGAUACUAAACCAACAAAUGAAGCAUGUGUCUUCAAGGGAGAUUUGGCUGAACAUUAGUAUUUGUCUAUAAAUAUUUGUGCUGAAGGCAAUGGUUUAUCAACAAACAAGCUUAUUUGAAUAGAAAUUCUAGGUAUUCUAUGCUACAAAACUGAUAAGUUCAAAGAUGUCUGCUAGUCUUUCUGUUAACUUUUUAACCAUAGCAGUACAUUUUCUUUCUUGGCUUGAGCCCAAAUGUUGCAACUUCAAUAAGCACAAGGAAAUAAGGAAAAUCGUGAAGACGGACAUUGGACUGUAUUAAAUGGUGGCCACUGGUUAAUUUUUGCUGGGUAUUUUUCAGUCAGCAUCUAACCCCAUAGUACCUUGUGUGUAAGACUGCUACAGUAUUUAGAGAAUAAAUUUGUUUAUAUAUUAAAUGCACAUUGGAAGCUUUUCCUUAACUUCCUUGCUCUUUACUUUAUGAAAAGCAUUAGGUUUAGCAUUUUUAAGCAGCGUCCUACGCAACUGCUGUUGAUUUCAAGGUUGUAGAAUAUGGAGUCUAAUAUGGAAUAAUAGAAAUCCUGGGUUACUGAUUACAAUUGGUACAAGUUAGACCAUUGGGUGCUGCUGAACAAUUGAUCCCAGUGAAAUGCUGGAAUUUAGUAACUAUUCUAUAAGCAGCAAGUAUGUUUCCUGCCAAUGUGACACCUGUGUAAGCUCAGUACAGAAACUGAAUUGUAAAUGGUGUUUGAUCUACUUCAAAACCUUAGUACUUGUGUAUAAUUGACACAACUUAAGCCUAUUAAUGAAGAUGUCACAAGGGAAAUUAAAUUCCUGUUUAUCCAAUAUUGGGCAAAAUUAUCCCUACUCAUUUCUCACUUUUAAUUGAGACUGAAUAGAAUGAAUUGCCCUGGAAACUUUGUGCCAGACAAGGGAGUAGGAGGGUAUUUUAAGAUCAAUAUGUAAUUUUUAAGAUCUAGAAGGUUAACAACUCAAAUAUUUGGCAUUGAUUAAAUUUAAUUUGUUCAGGUUAAAUAAAACAUUUGUGAAAGGUGACUGGGCUAAUCUAAAAUCAAGUGAGGCGACAAUUUGAAUAUACCAGAAUUGGUGUUGCAGUUAUAUUGAUGUAAUCUGUGCAAUUAACUGACAUAUACUUCAGUUCCUUGACACAGCUUGCAAGUGCUGUGCUGUAUGUUGCAUUCGAUUAUUGUUUUACUUAACAAAAUAAAUUUCAUGGCCAAUUAUAUUAAGUUCAAUUUUUUUUUGUAGUUUGACUGCUGCAACCAGCAUCAGUAACAUUUUGAACUUUGUGGGGAGAUUUUUUUUGGCUGCGUUUAAAUUUAUUGGCUAUUGAGAGAAUUUCAGCCUUCCCUGUUAAGUUUUCUGCCCAAUUGCUACUAUUUAGGAAUAAGAAUUAAAUGUAAUAUUUUAAACAUUGGGCUGCAUUUACUAAAUGUAAUAAUUAUAAGCUACUAUUUAGCACCAAGAGUUUAAAGAGUGGCUUAAUUUGAUGUAUUUGAUUUCACUACUCAAACUAGUUUGGCUUUUUUUUUGGUAAAGGAGCAAAGAGGGAACAAGUGAAAAGCACAAGGUUAAUUUGCACGUAUGUCUAACAACCAUCUGUUCAGCUUUUCUUUUCUCAUUGUCACUGUUUCAAAUGCUUUUUUCUACUGAAAUGUAUUUUUUAAAUUUACUUAAUGUAAGUCUCGGCUUACAUAUACAGAAAUGUAUUUUUUUUGCUUUGUAUUUAUUUAAACAAUUGAUGUACCCAUUUGAAGGGCUAGCUUCAUUUAAGGUCUGUCUUGGGUAUUAAAACAAAGUAUCUAUCUGAAGCCUCUAGCUUAAAAGCAAAAUGUAUAGAUAUAUAUGUAUUAAAAAGAAACUGCUUAGAUCGUCUGCAUUCCAGUUUAAUUUGCAGGUAUAUUCUGAUACAGAGCCUGUCAAAGUAAAAGCACCAGCAUUUAAACUCUUAAUCAUCUUGUCUCGUAUUCGAAGAUUGGUUAAUCAGGUUUCAGAAACAAGUUGAGUGGAGUGCCCAAAAGGAUUGUCAUGGUGUGCUCCUGGCUUGUGCAUUAAGUUUCAACGCAAUCUGUAAUUGUGCUUAUUUUUCCAUUGCCUUGAUAGUGAAACUGUAGACAGCAAGUGACCUAACAUAUUGGUCUGUACAUCAUGAUCUUUGAAACUGCUUUGAAAAGAGGCUUGAUUCUAAAUUGAACAGUGCAGUGCAAUGCAAUUAUCAAAUUGUACUUGGGAGGUUCAGUGAAACAUCAUGCUGUUUGAAGUUGAUAUUUAUCCCUGGCCUACACUUAGCUUUCCACCUGCUCCUUUCCCCAAAAAACCUUGGUAUAUGUAUUUGGGAAAGAAAAUAGCUGUUGGUUCCUGAUAGUGGCAUAUAUUACACUUUAGGUGAAAAAGCAUUAAAUGUAAUUGUGGCAAUUGUUUUCUUGCAGUCAGCAGUGUCUGGAGUGCCAUUUUUAAUUUUGUUUUCCGUUGAACCUUGGCCUCCUUGCCUUUGUUUGGCUCUGGAACUCUAAAGAAAAAAAAUGAAGGUUAAACAGAUUUUAAAGUUUACUCUAAAUUGUUCAGGGGAUAACAUUCACAUGUCUUCUAAAGCAGAGAAAAUUCCUUGAUUUUGUAUUACCUCAUGUUCUACCUGCUAACAAAUUUUACAAAUGCAUAUUUCUAAUUGGUUAACUUAUUUUUACAGGGUGCUGUAUCAUAAACUCUCGCUUCACAUUUUUGCACUAGUUGCAUGAAAUCAAAAAUAAUGCGAUAGUAUCUCUUUUUGAUUUUUAAGCUACCUUUUUUUGUGAAAUUGUGAAAUGUCAUUGCCAACCUGACUCCUAUAAAAUAAUUACCACAUUUGUGGUUUAAUGUCUUAAACCACUUUUAGGGAGAUGAAUGUUUGUAAUAAAGUGCAACAUUGUAUCUGGUUGAGUUUUUGAUUUGAAGUGUGUUAUCUACUGUGAGGGAAGAUAUCCUGAUUGGAAGCAGUGCACCUUAUAGGAAAAAAUAUUGUCACAUUUUUAAGUGUACUAGCACCUUCUGGUGGUAGAAGCCAAGUACUGUAACAGUAUUAAACAGACCUUAAUCUUUUGAAGUUGCUAGGUCUUGAACAACUGCACCUGUGGUUGAACAAGUUUAAAUGAUCUUCUCCUGUUGCUUUAUUAAUCUAUUCAAUUUACUGUUGAAUUUUAGCAGCAGCCUCUUUUUUUUAAUCUAGAUCAAAUGUCACUCCUACUGUGCUGCUUUAUUGAAAAAAAAUACCUCUCAGUAACCUUUGGCUGAAACAAUUGUUGCUUAUAUUGUACUUUCUAAAAAGAAAUUCCAGUGGCUAUUAAACUUGAGAAUCAGCAAACAAAAAUUCAAAGCAAAAAAUAUCUGUAUGACCAUUUGUAAAUAAUGAACAUGAGUGACACCAGCUAGUGUAGCUGACUUUGUAAAGCUAAGGCAUUGUAGGCAUAGAAUUUUUCCUCCAACUUUAAAACACUGUACCAUGACACGUUUCCUUAGACACUGAAAUGUGUAUUCACAUUGAAAAAAAUUAGCAUAUCUGAAGAAUUAUAACUAUUUCGUUUUGUAUUCUGUACUUGUUGGAAAUGAACUGUUAUGAUGACUGCAAAUAAUACCAUGUGAAUGUUGAGUAAAUUGCUGACCAAAUUGGUUAAUGUAACACCAGUUUUGUAUUUAAAGAUUUGAAUUGGCCUGGAAUUGUAUCUUUGUAGAAUUAUUUUGUCUUAUACACACUAUUUGGGGGUUUGGUUGACACUGUAUAUAUGUUUCAGCUCAUUAAGCUUGGACAAAUGUAUUGACCACAUGAGCUGUGUUUUAGCGUGUGGAUUUGUGUGUUUUUAAGAAGUAGGUUCAGUUUCAAAAAAUACAAAAAUAAAGUGCCAAUUUUCAUUGCA